ACUAAGUUUCCGGUUAAUACAAUUCUAGGAUGAAUAAUAAACAUUUAUCAUGAUAUAAGUAAAUAUAAAUAACAACUUUAUUAUUGCCUCUAGGGCAUAUUUCCUUCAGCCGUCGGGUCAAUGCCUUUGACCGUUAACUCUGACGAGUGGGGCCGCGUAGGGCUGAGUCCACCUUUGACCGUUAACUCUGACGAGUGGAGCCGCUCCCGCGCCACCCUGGACAAACCCGUAUAGUGGUUUCGUAUGCUGACCGUACAGUGGUAUUCGUAUACAUGGGCGCAAGCAACUGACCGCGGUCGUGGGGUAGCACGUGUCCAUGGGACAUGCCCGAAAUGUCCCAUCGUAUAAAGAGGGGGAACCACCUCCUGGCGCAUCGCCCCUACCAUUUCCCCAAAUCCGCUCCCUGCCGCAUCGUCUUCCUCCCCCCACCGGCGUCGUCUCGCUCUCCUCCACUGCCUUCACCGCAUCGUAUCGCUCUCCCCCACCGCAUCCUCUUCCUCACCUUCAACGCCUCCAUCUGUCCGAUGGCGGACGCUCGUGGCGACGCCGGCGCAGCAGCCAGAGAUGUAGUGGAGCUGCAGGGCGCGGUGACCGCGGAUGAAGUGAAGGACGUUGGCGGCGUCCACGGCGAUGCGGGGAAACUCGCAACCGCUGCAGAUGUGGAGAAGGAGGUGGCAGGCUCUGCCUCAGCGCUGCCGGAGCAGAAGGUGAUGGCGUCGAGCAGCACAGUCCAUCCCGAUGCGCAGCCUGGCGAGGAGCAGGAGGAGGACGAUGGUUGGAAAAAAAAGAGGAAGCUGGACCUUACUGGGUUCAAGGACCCGUAUGAUCCAGGGUAUAGUGACGACGAAGAGUAUGAGUAUGUCUCUGGAGAAGAUGUGGAUGUGGACGACGACAACUUCGCGUCCUUCAAAGCGAAGGAAGAGGAGAAGAUCAGGGCCAAGGGAGAUGAUUACUACUACAAGCGCAAGACCAACAUUUGGCGCUGCCCCUACUGCAUCACCAAGCCAAAGACAAAGUCCGGCCGCUUCAUUCACCUUCUAGCUCAUGCAGAAGAUGUAGCCAUCCACAGCGAGGACUACAAGAUCAGGGGGCAGCAUGCUGCCCUCGCGAAAGUCCUGGCUCCCCUUCCCAAUUGAUGUGAUGAUGUGUUUUAAUUACUUUUGGUUGUUUGGUGAACUUUGUGUGUGAACUGGAUAUGUUCUAUGGAUGGUAUGGUACUAUGAUCUGUUCUAUAUAUGCAUGUGGCUAUCUAUAUUGGGUAUUUGUGUGUU